UCAAGUCCUUUUUUUCUUCUUAUCCAAUCCGUUGGGUUCUGUAUUUUGAACGAGUUCUCGAGGGACUUGGUUCUUGGAUUCGAAGAAGAGAAAAUUUUUGGUGGUGCGAUUUUUGUCGUAAAGGAAAAAAAAGGAGGGGAUUUUUCCUUGUGGGUUUUUGCAUUGGAAUUUGGAUUCCUUUAUAAUUUGAAUUUGGAGGUGGUUCUCGGAGAGAUGUUGGAGGGUCGGUCCUGCCUGGUAUCGAGGCUGUUUUCGAGCUCUUGCCAGCCUGAGAGCAAGUGGAAUUGCAUGUCUUUCCAAUUUAUCGAAGUCGAUAUCGGAAGCAGCAACAAACGGCAGUUCGAAAUCGACUCCGAAGACGACCACACGCCGCAGAGGAAAUCGGCCAGGUUAUUGUUGGAUUCCCGCGAGAGGCUUCUUGAUAUGUCAUCAUCACAGGCUUCACGCCAGCUAUCCAACAACCGUCGCCAUGCCGGGAAUUCGUCGGAUUCCGAUUCGCUCAUCCAUCGAAUUGGUAGGGACAACUCCAUUAGUUGCCUGAUUCGAUGCUCCAGAUCAGAUUAUGGCUCGAUUGCCUCCGUGAACCGGAGUUUUCGUUCGCUGAUUCGGACGGGCGAGCUCUAUAGGCUUAGGAGGCUGAAUGGGGUCAUAGAACAUUGGGUUUACUUCUCUUGUCAGCUCCUUGAAUGGGAAGCCUUUGAUCCGAUUCGACGGAGAUGGAUGCAUUUGCCGAGGAUGGCGUCGAAUGAAUGUUUCAUGUGUUCGGAUAAGGAGUCGUUGGCUGUGGGAACGGAGCUUCUUGUAUUUGGGAAGGAAUUGAAUUCCCAUGUCAUCCAUAGAUAUAGUCUAUUGACGAACUCUUGGUCCUCAGGAAUGAGGAUGAAUGCUCCGAGAUGCUUGUUUGGAUCCGCCAGCCUCGGGGAGAUUGCAAUUUUGGCAGGCGGGUGUGAUUCGGACGGGAACAUUCUCAGCUCCGCCGAGAUGUACAAUUCGGAGACUCAGACGUGGGACACACUCCCGAGCAUGAUGAAGCCGAGGAAGAUGUGUUCAGGGGUUUUCAUGGACGGGAAGUUCUACGUUAUUGGUGGGAUUGGAGGGAGCGAGAACAAGGUCCUAACAUGUGGGGAGGAAUUCGAUUUAAGGACGAGAACAUGGAUGGAAAUUGAGAACAUGUCGCCAGGACGGAGCGCCGCAGCCAACGAGAUGCCCGCGACUGCGGAGGCCCCUCCUCUGGUGGCAGUGGUGAACAAUCAGUUGUAUGCGGCUGAUUAUGCUGACAUGGAGGUGAAGAAGUAUGAUAAAGAGAGGAAAUUGUGGGGUACUGUGGGGAGAUUGCCUGAGAGAGCUAUGUCAAUGCAUGGUUGGGGUGUGGCAUUUAGAGCAUGUGGAGAUAGGCUUAUUGUGAUUGGUGGACCGAGAAGUGGCGAGAGUUUCAUAGAAGUGAAUUCAUGGGUUCCAAGUGAGGGUCCUCCAGAGUGGAAUUUACUAGCAAGGAAGCAGUCUGGUAACUUUGUCUAUAAUUGUGCUGUGAUGGGAUGCUGAUAUUUGAUUUACUCUCAGGCAGUGCCAUUUUCACAGCCAUGGAUGUAUAAGAUUGGUUUGUCGUCCAUCGACCAAAACAAAAAAAAAAAAAAAAAAAAAAAAAAAAAAAGUCUGCUAAUUGGUAAUUUUCCCCACCCUUACUUUCUUUUCUUUUCCUUUCUCAGUUAUUUUCCGCUUUGGGUGGGGAGAUGAUGGGGAAGAAUUUCAGAGGUAUACUCAAGAUUCAAUUGAAAAUUUUCUUUUACUUGAAGGAGAUGUCUUGGGUUUUUUUUUUUUUUUUUCACCAUUUUCUUUUCAAACUUUUCUAUCCUUAGUUCCAUUGAAUUUGUCUUCCCCAAAUUUUUAGUGACAUGAAAAGAAAAAAAAAAAAAAUUCAAAAGGUUGGCAUCAUGAUGUAGCACAGGAAUAGGUUCAAAAAUAAUUUGGAGUACCCCAACACAUUUGUAGGUCAUCAAUACUGGUUGCUGAAGCUAUUUUUAAGAAACACAGAACUAGUCAUAUGGGUUUCAUUUUCCUUAUUUUUCUCGCCCUUAUGUCUUCAAGAGAGGAAAUAAGUUGUGAGAGGUUGUUGUCUUGGAGGCUGGCUUAUGUACUGAUUACAUUAAUUGAUGAAAUUGAUGGGCUAUAUUUUUUUAGCUUCCUUCCUCCUUUUA